AAUCGACCAACGAGUUCUCGCUGCUAGAUUGUUAUCGUGGAUUAGGCAAUUGUCGAUAUCCAUUGGGCGAUUGGGACAUACUUGACGUUAUACAAUAGAUUUCGUAUUUCGGGUCGCGGAAACGACUUUGUUGGCUUUUCUAGAUCAGAUCAGGGCGAACGGAGUAGUAGAGUUGUAGGCUCAGGCAAGAUGUCGUUCUUCACAGGUGUAACCAAGCUCUCCAACACCUCGGCCAUCCCGGCCAUCGAGGGCGGCGGCAAAAUCACUAAAGAGGCCGCCCUGGCGCUCCUGCACAACCACGACUUCUUUCUCAAGACCGAGCCGCACUACGUCUCGCACCGCGUGUUAACCGCCGACAAAGACGUCGGAGACGACAUAGCAGCCGUUCGCGAAACCUACGACUUACCGCCUGAGCUGGAGCCCCUGGGGACCCCGAAGGUCAAGCUCUACGAGGUCGUCGACCACGUGCCGAAUCCGGUGUGGAGCUCCAGCGUGGUUAGUAAAGAGGAGUUUGUGGAUUUGAAGGAUGGCCUUUGGGUUCGGAUAAGGAGUCCGCUUGCUGUGGUCAUGGAGACGAGGUGGACGGUUAGGGAGCGGGUGGUGGCGGAUGGGGAGGGAGAGGGGACAGGGGAGUUGGAGUUGCUGGAGGAUGUGGAGAUUAGUUGCUCGAAGUUGUUGCUGGCGAUUGUGAAGGCGCAGGUCGAUAAUAAUUGGAAGGGCAUACAUGAUAAUUUUAUUAAGAAGUUGGUUGAGGAUGCGAAGAAGGGGGUGGAAUAGACUUAGAGUUAGACUGGGGUGCCUGGCUAUACAUAUAGAUGGCUUAUACAAAUAUAAACGAAUGAGCAUGUUUUUAUUUUAAGUUUUUAUGUCGCUUUUUCAACUCGUUGGAGGAUUGACGGACCAGCGUGGGCAGCGACGGGUAGGUACAUCAUGGCGGAUAUAAACGGUCGUAGAAAAGAAGGUUGUGGAAGGAGACACUGGGAAGUGGAAUAGAUAGAGGUUUAGGUUUAACUCCUAUUGGGCUUGUCAGUGCCUUCUACAAAUACAUCUGACAUGGACAAUGCUGUUUCAUUUAAAGGUAGAAUUCAUG